ACCGAUUAGUGGCCGUUGCUGCUGGCAGCACAUACUGUACAUACAUGAGUAGCGCGAGGUAAAUCUAUUCGCUUGAAAAUCUCGAGUCAUUCGUGUCAUCCAUGGCGUGAUUGUUGAAUCCGAAACGCGUAAUACGAUCGGUUGAAACGAUUGAUUGAAAGAUUGAUUUCGAACGAUGGAAGAGAUGGGUAUUAUCUUGCCCGAUAAGGAUAUUGGAGAGAUGGAUUGCAAACCGAUGAUCGGACAUUAUACCGGUGCUGUUGCUGCUACUGCUGGGGAUGAAUUGGACGUGGAAGAUCUUUAUACCAAGUACAAGAGACUGCAGAGGAUGUUGGAAUUUCUCGAGGUACAGGAAGAGUAUAUUAAAGAUGAGCAACGUAACUUGAAGAAGGAGUAUUUGCACGCUCAGGAAGAAGUGAAACGCAUACAAAGCGUUCCUUUGGUCAUUGGCCAAUUCUUGGAAGCUGUGGACCAAAAUACUGGCAUUGUGGGCUCCACUACCGGCUCCAAUUAUUACGUACGGAUUCUUUCUACCAUCGACAGAGAAUUGUUGAAGCCUUCCGCCAGCGUCGCUCUUCAUAAGCACAGCAAUGCUCUGGUAGACGUUCUGCCACCUGAGGCCGAUUCCAGCAUCUCGAUGUUGCAAGCAGAUGAAAAGCCUGAUAUCCAGUACAGCGACAUCGGGGGCAUGGAUAUGCAGAAGCAAGAGAUCAGAGAGGCGGUCGAACUGCCUUUGACUCAUUUCGAAUUGUACAAGCAGAUCGGUAUCGACCCACCGAGAGGUGUGCUGAUGUACGGCCCUCCUGGAUGCGGCAAAACGAUGCUCGCGAAAGCUGUGGCUAGACACACUACAGCUGCAUUUAUUCGCGUGGUGGGAUCAGAAUUUGUACAGAAAUAUUUGGGAGAGGGACCGAGAAUGGUCCGCGACGUUUUCCGUCUGGCUAAAGAAAAUUCGCCUGCGAUCAUAUUCGUCGACGAGAUCGAUGCUAUAGCGACCAAGAGAUUCGAUGCCCAGACCGGUGCCGAUCGCGAAGUCCAGCGUAUACUUUUGGAAUUGCUGAAUCAAAUGGAUGGGUUCGAUCAGACUACAAACGUGAAAGUUAUAAUGGCUACGAAUAGGGCUGACACGUUGGAUCCUGCAUUGUUGCGUCCGGGUCGAUUGGACCGAAAGAUCGAAUUCCCUCUGCCUGACCGUCGCCAGAAACGUUUGAUCUUUUCGACGAUCACGGCAAAGAUGAAUUUGAGCGAAGAGGUGGACUUGGAGGAUUACGUGGCGAGACCGGACAGAAUCUCCGGGGCUGAUAUCAACGCUAUUUGCCAGGAAGCAGGAAUGCACGCGGUUCGCGAGAAUCGGUACAUAGUCCUGGCGAAGGACUUUGAGAAAGGAUACAAGAAUAAUAUCAAGAAAGACGAGUCUGAACAUGAAUUCUAUAAGUAAGAACGAUGACGACGGGCAGCGAUGAGCAGGCGGAAUAUUGAUAUACGCGGCGGCGCUACCACCGUUGUCGUUCGUGUCACGUUUGUCUAAUGUCUAUUUGCAACUACAUGUAAUAUGAAUAUAAUAAUCAACAUGUACGUUUACAUAAA